AUGUCGGCAGUCCUCGAGGCCAAGUUCAAUCCUCAAGCACGGCCCUUCUCACAAGAUGGCACCGACAACCAACAUGAAGGCAUGCACUCUAGAUUCUCCAAACGCUACCUAGGCAAGCACACCGAGAAGAAUGCCAGCCAGGAUCAUUUGGAAAACCAUGAGAGCUGCUCCCUGUGGCUCAGAAACCUGCCACCCAACAUCACCUAUGCCGAGCUCCUCGACACCAUUUCCGGCAUUGGUCGCGUCUGGGCCACCUACAUCAAUAGGCCGGAUGCGAGGCACGAUACCGCCGCCGCCAAGGUCAUCUUCUUCAACCCUGAGGCUGCGGCCAAAUACCUGGAGCACAUCGAGUCGACCAAUCUUCAGAUCCGAGGCUUUCCAGUCGCAGCUGAGUACAACCGGGUCAAGAUCCCACGCCAGCUAUCAGGAGGCCCGCAGGCUUCCAGGGUUCUCAUCAUAAUUGGCCACUCCGACUUUGUGAACAAGGAGAGCCUGAUCAGAUUCUUCCACGACCUGAUCCAGUUCCACAAUGACCGGGUUAUUGAGCGGUUUCGCGUCGGCACGCGGGCAGUGAUCGAGUUCCGGUUUGGAAGCUACCGCGCCCAGUCCUCCAGUGCCAAGUUGGCACUGGAGAAGAACCAGCCGGGCGGUCUUGAGUGUGUGCGGUAUGGCCAGGACCCAUGUGAGGUGGGAGAGACUACUUUUUCUUAUGAACCUAGCAGCGAGUGA